UGAUGUUCUCAAGUGUGUGAUCACUUAGUCGUGUUCGUCACUUUUGAAGCCUAAGGUAGUAACUGGAACUAUAUUCGAGACCUGGUCCUUCCUUUUUCUUACCCGCUAGUAAGAUUUUUUUCAAUUCUGGUUAAUCAGCUCUGACAAAAGACGAUGGCAGAAGCUAAAUGUGUGGUUUCGAGCGAUCAGUUCAUCUGCUCGGUGUGCCUGGAGGUGCUGAAGAACCCGGCUACUAUCCCGUGCGGACACAACUACUGCAUGAGGUGCAUUAAGAGCUACUGGGAUGACAGUCACUUUUAUAGCUGCCCUCAGUGCAGAAUGCGAUUUUCCAAAAGACCUCUUCUUCACAGAAACGUCACGUUAUCUGUAAUUAUUGAUAGUCUGCAUGAAACCAAACGCGUUUCUCACCCGCCGCAGAGUUACGCCGAAGACCGAGACGUGCCAUGCGAUGUAUGUGCUGGGAGGAAGCUGCGAGCCGCGCAGUCCUGCCUUACCUGCCUGGUAUCCUUUUGCGAUGCUCACAUUCGGCCACACCGGGAGGCUGAAGCUUUCAGGAGGCACAAAUUGGUGUCGCCGAUCGUAAACCUGCACGAAAGGAUCUGUCCGGAGCACAACACGCCGGUGGAUCUUUUCUGCCUGACGGAUGACAAGUACGUCUGCUUCAAGUGCGUAACGACAGAGCACAAGGACCACGAAACGGUAGCAGCCGAAAAGGCGAGAGCUGAGAAGCAGAGCCAGGCUGAGCUGACAUUAAAAGAAUUCAAGAAGAAAAUUCUGAAGAAAGAGAAGAAAGUGAUGGAGAUUAAAAAGAAAGUUCAACAGCUGAAGGGCUCAUCAAUGAGAGAAAAGCAAGGAUACAAGGAGAUCUUCACCUCUCUGCUUCGGUCCAUUGAGAGCCUGCAGUCGGAGGUGACUGAGCUUAUUAGAUCUCAUGAGCAGAAGGAAAUCCUAAAUGCUGAUGUGCAAAUAGAGCAACUGGAGAAGGAGACCGAGGAGCUGAAGAGGAGAGAGGCCGAGCUGGUGGAGCUUUCACAGACAGACGACCACAUCCACUUUCUGCAGGAGUUCCCAUCUGUUUGUGCUCUUCCUAAAGAGAGAGAUUCACACAAUAUCUGUAUAAAUAUAGAUUUGUUCUCAGAGACCCUGAAGAAUGACAUGCCCAUCCUGAAGAAGCAUUUGAAGGAUAUUAAUGAGUUUUUGUUGCUGAAAAUCCAUAAAAUCAGAGCACAGACUUCAGAAAACAUCAACGAACAAGACAUGUAUUCAUUCAGGGAGCCACAUUGUGAACCCGUUUAUUCCAGUGCAACAUCACCGGGGCCUGGAGAAAAUCCCAUAAACCGAUAUGAACUCCUAAAAUACACCUGUCAGCUGACACUGGACCCCAAAACUGCACACAGAUGCCUUACUUUGUCAGAAGGAAACAAAAAGGCAACAUGGGGGGCUGGAACUCAGAGUCCUAAUUGUCAAGAAAGAUUUGAUUGCUGGCCUCAAGUUCUUUGCAAAGAAGCUCUCUCUGGAAGUCGCUGUUACUGGGAGGUGGAGUGGAGUGGAAGGAGGGCUACUAUAGGGGUGGCCUAUAAAGGAAUUGCCCGGAAAGGAGAAGGAGAUGAAUGUGUCCUUGGCUGCAAUAACAAGUCCUGGUCUAUACGCAUCUGCAGUUCCACUUAUUCUGUGUGUCACAACAACACGGUGACGGAAAUAGCUGCUCAGAGCUCCAGAGUAGGAGUUUAUCUGGACUAUCAAGCUGGCUUUCUUAGCUUUUAUGCUUUGGCUGACAGAAUCACACACCUACACACAAUUAACCACAAGUUCACCGAGCCACUUUAUCCGGGGUUUGCAAUUGCUGAAAGUGUAAACAUCAUUGCUUGAUCUAAAACUACUCCUUAUGUAAAAAUCGGGAGUUGUCUCCCGUAGACUUUCUCGUAUACUCGGAUAUGGGGAUGGAUAUUUGAGGAGU